AUGAGUUCCAAUCCAGGAAUGACCCCAAACCAAAUUGCGCUCAUCAAGGCGACGGUUCCGGUUCUCGCAGAACAUGGCAACACCAUCACGACCGUCUUCUAUCGCAAUAUGCUCGAAGCCCACCCGGAGCUGAACACCGUAUUUAACACUGCCAAUCAGGUCAACGGCCAUCAGCCUCGUGCGUUGGCUGGUGCACUCUACGCAUAUGCGUCGCACAUCGAUGAUCUCGGCGCACUUAGCUCAGCGGUUGAGUUGAUCUGCAACAAGCACGCCUCUCUGUAUAUCCAGCCCGACGAUUACAAGAUCGUUGGAAAGUACCUCCUCGAAGCUAUGGGCGAGGUGCUUGGCGCAGCAUUGACCCCGGAAAUUCUCGACGCAUGGGGCACAGCCUACUGGCAGCUCGCCGAUAUCUUGAUCGGCCGCGAAAAGCAGCUUUAUGAACAAGCCGAGGGCUGGACUGACUGGAGGGAUUUCAAGAUCGUGAACAAAGUCAAGGAAUCCGAGGAAAUCACAUCCUUCUAUCUCGCUCCUGUCGAUGAAAAGCCAUUGCCGGUCUUCCAGCCCGGCCAGUACAUCUCCGUUCAAACGCACGUCCCCGCUCUCAAGUGCCUGCAGGCUAGACAGUACUCUCUCAGCGACCAGCCAAAGCCGGACUACUAUCGCAUCAGCGUGAAAAGAGAAUUGGGCCUCAACCCAGCUGCUCCAGGUGCUGCCGCCCAUCCGGGUUACAUCUCGAAUGUGCUACAUGACACAUUCAACAUCGGCGACAAGCUUAAGGUGUCACACCCCUGCGGCGACUUUUUCCUUACCCCUGUCGACUCGGAAGCCGGCAAUCCAAUUGUGUUAAUCUCAGCCGGCGUGGGCUUAACGCCACUGACGUCGAUGCUGAACACCUUGAUCUCCAAAUCGCCAACAACGCGCAAACUGCACUUCAUCCAUGGCGCACGUUCGUCGGGCGCGCGUGCUUUCAAGGAGCACAUCUCUGAGCUUACAACACCAUUCCCCUCUAUUCGAACAACAUUCUUUACUAGUCACCCCUCCGAGGGAGAGAAGGAAGGCGUGGACUAUGACCAUGCCGGGCGGGUGGACUUGACCAAGGUGGAUGAUCAAGGCUUAUUCCUCGAUGAUGCCAAGACAGAUUAUUAUAUUUGUGGACCCGGAAAGUUCAUGAUCGAUGUCGAGUCGGGUCUCAAAGCCAGAGGCGUGGGAGCUGAUCGCAUCAAGAUGGAAUUGUUUGGAACCGGAGGUAUUCCUCAUUGA